GGCCCCGUCCUGUUCUGUCCCAAUCAUUGUAAACAGGCGGAGGCUGGGCGGGGUGGGAAUGGGGCUCCCGCGGCCGGCCAGGGGGAAAGCGCAGGAGGCGGCGGUCGUGGCGGCCGCGUGAGUGCGAGGAGGCGGCGGCUGCAGCGGAGCCGACGGUCGCUGGGCGGCAGGCACUGGUGUAACAGAUGGAUAGGUAACAGAGAAGACCGCUUCCCUUUCUUGUCAGGGCGUCAGCAUGACCGAGUGCUUCCUGCCCCCCACCAGCAGCCCCAGUGAACACCGCAGGGCAGAGCAUGGCAGCGGGCUGACUCGAACCCCCAGCUCUGAGGAGAUCAGCCCUACAAAAUUUCCUGGAUUGUACCGGACGGGUGAGCCCUCACCUCCUCAUGACAUCCUCCAUGAGCCUCCUGAUACAGUGUCGGAUGAUGAGAAAGACCAUGGGAAGAAAAAAGGAAAAUUUAAGAAAAAGGAAAAAAGGACUGAAGGCUAUGCUGCCUUCCAGGAAGAUAGCUCUGGAGAUGAAGCCGAAAGUCCAUCCAAGAUGAAGAGGUCCAAGGGAAUCCAUGUGUUCAAGAAGCCCAGCUUCUCUAAAAAGAAGGAGAAGGAUUUUAAAAUCAAAGAAAAACCCAAAGAAGAAAAGCAUAAAGAAGAAAAGCACAAAGAAAAGAAAUCUAAAGACUUGACAGCAGCUGAUGUUGUUAAACAGUGGAAGGAAAAGAAGAAAAAGAAAAAGCCAAUUCAGGAGCCAGAGGUACCUCAGGUUGACGUUCCGAGUCUCAGACCCAUUUUUGGUGUUCCCUUGGCUGACGCGGUAGAGAGGACCAUGAUGUAUGAUGGUGUGCGCUUGCCAGCUGUCUUCCGUGAGUGCAUAGAUUACAUGGAGAAGCAUGGCAUGAAGUGCGAAGGCAUCUACAGAGUUUCAGGAAUCAAAUCAAAGGUAGAUGAGCUAAAAGCGGCCUAUGACCGAGAGGAGUCUCCAAACUUGGAAGAAUAUGAGCCUAACACUGUAGCCAGUUUGCUGAAGCAGUAUUUGCGAGACCUUCCAGAGAAUUUGCUUACCAAAGAGCUUAUGCCCCGAUUUGAAGAGGCUUGUGGGAGGACCACGGAGAUGGAGAAAGUACAGGAAUUCCAGCGCUUGCUCAAGGAACUGCCAGAAUGUAACCAUCUUCUGAUUUCCUGGCUCAUUGUGCACAUGGACCACGUCAUUGCGAAGGAGCUAGAGACGAAAAUGAAUAUCCAGAACAUCUCCAUAGUACUUAGCCCGACCGUCCAGAUCAGCAACCGUGUCCUGUAUGUGCUCUUCACACAUGUGCAAGAGCUCUUUGGCACUGUGGUCCUAAAGCAAGUGACAAGACCUCUGCGUUGGUCCAACAUGGCUACAAUGCCCACACUGCCAGAGACCCAGGCAGGCAUCAAGGAAGAGAUCAGGAGACAGGAGUUUCUUUUGAAUUGUUUACAUCGAGAUCUGCAGGGUGGGAUAAAGGACUUAUCUAAAGAAGAAAGAUUAUGGGAAGUACAAAGGAUUCUGACUGCCCUCAAGAGAAAACUGAGGGAAGCUAAAAGACAAGAGUGUGAAACCAAGAUUGCACAGGAGAUAGCCAGUCUUUCAAAAGAGGACGUUUCCAAAGAAGAAAUGAAUGAAAAUGAGGAAGUUAUAAAUAUCCUCCUUGCCCAGGAGAAUGAGAUCUUGACUGAGCAGGAGGAGCUCCUGGCCAUGGAGCAGUUUCUGCGACGUCAGAUUGCUUCAGAGAAGGAAGAGAUUGAGCGCCUCCGAGCUGAGAUUGCAGAAAUCCAGAGUCGCCAGCAGCACGGCCGGAGCGAGACCGAGGAGUGCUCCUCUGAGAGCGAAAGUGAGAGCGAGGACGAGGAGGAGCUGCAGAUCAUCCUGGAGGACUUACAGAGGCAGAACGAAGAGCUAGAAAUAAAGAACAACCACCUGAACCAGGCAGUCCAUGAGGAGCGGGAGGCCAUCAUUGAGCUGCGUGUGCAGCUCCGACUGCUCCAGAUGCAGCGAGCCAAGUCUGAGCAGCAGCUGCAGGAGGACGAGGAGCCUGAGAGGCGAGGGGGCAUAGGCCCGCCGCCCUGUGAUGGCGUCCUCGAGGUCAAAGCAGCUAAGGAGCAGGUGAAGCCCUCCCCCAGCAAAGACCGGAAGGAGACGCCCAUCUGAACUGCCUGCCGGGCCCUGUGCGUCUUACUGUAAGCAAGUCAGCGGACUCUGCUGCUAUCCAUGCUGUAGAGGUUCUCACAGAUGCUUCCUCUUGUACACAUCUGGCUCCUCGUCAGGCUCAGGUCCUGGGAGGGUGAAGUAGUGGACACACCAGGGGCUUACAGGGAACACAUGAGUUUCCAGAUAGUGUCAGCUCAUUUGAAAAUUAAUUUUCUUUGUUAAAAAUAACUAUUUUAACCCUUGAGUGGCUUCUUUUUAAACCAAAAAUUGUCUUUCUUUGCUUUUUUUUUUUUUUUUUUU